AAAAUAAUUACAAUUUAAAGUACAAGAAUAUAACCAAUUUUAAAAUUGAAAAAAAUUGAAAGAAUGAAUUACUGAAACUGAAUCCCACAGCCGCCAAAGACAACCCCACCCACGCCACGCCACCAAACCCAACUCCGCCCUCCUCCCUGUCUCUUAUCCCGCCACCCAACCUUCUACCAUCUGUCUCUUCUCUCGCCACCCACACCUCCUCCUUCUCUCUCCCGUUUUCUGUCUCUUCGAUAACCACCCCUCAGUGUAGAAAGCUUCGUGUGUUUGCGUCUCAGUUGUUUCAGUGCAUUUUCCAGUACAACCAUGGCUUCUUUCGGCUCUACCCGACGCGAAGAAGAUUCGGUUCUGGUACAACAAAAUUUGUUUGUGAGGACAUUGACAUUGAACAGGCCACGGCAAUUGAAUGCGCUAAACUUUGAAAUGAUUUCUCUUCUGUUGGAACUUUUUCUGGCUUAUGAGAAGGAUGAUAAUGUCAAGCUCGUGAUUGUCAAGGGGAAAGGAAGAGCAUUUUGUGCAGGUGGUGAUGUAGCUGCUGUGGUUCGUCAGAUUAACGAAGGAAAUUGGAGAUUAGGUGCACAUUUUUUUCAAAAGGAGUUUACCUUAAACUACUUGUUGGCAACAUACAGUAAACCUCAGGUUUCAAUUCUGAAUGGAAUUGUCAUGGGAGGUGGGGCUGGUGUUUCAAUACACGGAAGAUUCUGUGUUGCAACUGAGAAUUCGGUUUUUGCAAUGCCAGAGACAGCUUUGGGACUCUUUCCUGAUGUAGGUGCCUCUUAUUAUUUGUCCAGACUUCCUGGAUUCUUUGGAGAAUAUGUUGGUCUUACAGGUACCAGAUUGGAUGGUGCUGAAAUGCUUGCAUGUGGUCUUGCUACUCACUUUGUUCCAUCAACGCGAUUGUCUUUGUUAGAAGAAGCUCUAUGCAAAGUUGACUCGAGUGAUUUUGCCAUUAUUCAAGCAAUUAUAGAUAAAUACUCGCAGAACCCAACUCUGAAAGAGAAAAGUGCUUACUACAAGAUGGAUGUUAUAGACAAGUGCUUUUCUAGAAGAACAGUAGAGGAAAUUUUAUCUGCCCUUGAGAAGGAGGCUACAAACAAUGCGGAUGCUUGGCUAACUUCAACAAUUCAAGCACUGAAGAAGGCAUCGCCAAUGAGUUUGAAGAUUUCCUUGAAAUCAAUUAGAGAAGGAAGGCUUCAGGGAGUUGGUCAAUGCCUUGUUCGUGAAUAUAGAAUGGUUUGCCAUGUUCUGAAAGGAGAAGUCAGCAAGGAUUUCAGAGAGGGCUGCAGAGCUAUAUUGUUAGACAAGGAUAAGAACCCAAAGUGGGAGCCUUCUAAAUUGGAGCUCGUUACUAACCAUAUGGUUGAGCAGUACUUCUCGAAGUUGGAUGAUGAAGGAUGGGAAGAAUUAGAACUUCCUGCGAGAUCAAACUUGCCUGUAAUUGCCAUUGCAAAGCUUUGAGUAUUAUGGUGUUUCAACCUGCACAAACUUUGUAACUUGUGCAGACUAUUUAGUUAAGUUCUUGCUUCAGCAGGUACAUAAGAGAACACCACUCUAAUUCAUGUUAAUAAAAAAACGAAAGGCCUGUUAUUCGUCCAUGUAAUACGUAUUUCUAGGUGAAAAUAAAUCAGUAUAUAAAGCAUAUACGUGCAAAUCUGCACAAUCUAUAAAAAGAGGAAUUCAUUUUAUGAUAUUAAUGUUCUUUCAUCAUC